GGAGCAGAUUGAUGAAAAGAGAUAAUGACGAUGAAACUUGAUGAAGCGAGGCAUGAGACGGCUCGACUUACAGGAGAGAACGGUGAGAUGAAGAGAGAACUGGAGGAGCUUCAGGAAGAGAGGACCAUCCUGAAGGAGACGGAAGGAGCCUUGGUAGAGCAGAUGAAGGAGAUGGAGACAUCCAUGGAUGCACACAGAGACCUGGAGGCUGCACUUCAUGGAGCUAAGGAGGAGCUGGCUCGGAUGGAGCAAGAGAGGGAGGCAACCAUGAAUGAAGUUGCCCAAUUAGCGGAGGCCUUGAAGAAAGAGCAGAGUCUGAAGGUUCGAGCUGAGCAGAGGAGCGAGAAGCUCAAAGAACAGCUUCAGAAGAUGAAAGAAGCCAAGCGAAAGCUUUCGACAGACAUGGAGACCCUGAGGCAAGAGAAGGAGGACACGACUACUAGCAUCGUCAAACGAGAGAUGGAUCUAGAGAGUCGUAUGGGUGCCAUGCAGAAAGAGGUUGAGAUCUUGAGGUCAUCGAGUGACGAUAGCAAGCAGGAGCAGUCAUCCCUGGAAUCAGAAGCUGCUCAUCUGAAGCAGGAAUGUCAGAGACUGACCAAGGAGGGAGAGGAUUUGAAGAGAGAGAGCGACUUAUUGAGGAAAGUUGUAGAAGAGUCAGGCUCACAUCUGGAUAAGGUGAGGAAUGAGGGGGAGGGGCUUAGGAAGGAGCUUGAUGGAUUGAGAGGUCAAAGGGCAAAGUUGGUGGAUGAGAACCAGCACAUGAAAGCAGAGGUGAAGAGGUUAUUGGACGAAGAUGAAAUCAAUAAGGUUGAGUUGGAAGAGCUGAGGACAGGGUUGAAACUUGCUAAAGAGAAGGGAGGCAAGCUAGGAAGCGAACUUAAAGAGUUGGUGAAAUCAAGAGGAAAAGAAGGUGAUGGUUUGAAGGAGAAGUUGAAGUCAGUCGAGACAGAGUUGGAAGCACAGCAGAAACUAUGGGAGGAGAAAUAUGAGACGGAUGUCACUAGGUACGAGAAGAAGGUUGCGGAACUGACGGAUGAGUUACGCAAGGUCAACGAUGAAGUGAUUAGUGUGAAUGUAGAGAUUAAGAAGCUUACGUCGGAGCGUAACUCUCUCAAGGUCAUGAACUCUGAACUUGAUAGUACACUUACAGCCGCUGCAGAGAAACUUCAGGACGCAGAUAUAGCCUUGAAAGAGGCGAAGACUGAGGUCACAGAUCUCCAAGGGCAGCUUGAGGAUUUGAACGGUUCUAACGAGGGUUCUGAGCAGCUCCGGGAACAGAAAGCCCAGCUGGAGUGGGAUCUAACGGGUCUCUCUCAGGAGAACCUAGAUCUUCAGGAGGAACUCGAGAACUGCCACCUUGAGAUUGACGAGGUCGGACAGGAGAUGAGAGAACAACGGGAAGAGAAGAAGAAGAUGGAGAGGAGGAUAGCUGAGAUAGAGGCAUCGGGAAGGAAUGAGAUCCAACGUCUUGGUGACAAGAUGUCCUCGGAUAUGAAGGCGAUCCAGGAGGAGAAGACAUCCGUCGUCAUGGAGAUGCAAGCUCUGCAGACACGGUUUGAAGAUGCCUUGAAUGAUGGCAGCAUACUGAGAGAAGAUGGAGAGACAUUGAAGGAAGAGAAUGCUAGGCUCCAGGAGGAAGCGGUGGUUGUUUCUAAGCAACGAGAUGAGUUAAAGGAUGAAGUGGUGGUAUUGUCUUCCAGAUUACUUGGUAUAGAGCAACAGUUAAUGGAACAAGGCACUGUGGAUGAGAGGUUGCAGAAACUUCAAAGUUCUGAACAGAAAAUGAGAGAAGACCUUGCCCGGUCAGCUGAAGAGAGAGAUAGAGCAUUACAAGGGAUCCAUCAGAGGGAGAUACGAUGUGAAACCUUGACACAGCGGGUUGCAGGUCUGGUGGAACAGAACAAGAGUAUGAAGGGUCAUCUGAGAAACAUGGAACGUAACGUCAAAGACAUGGAGCGUCACAUCACAAGUCUGGAAGAUGAUAAGACCGCCCUCUUGAGGCAGGUUGAGGAGAAGGAAAUCAGCGUUAGUAGAACAAUGGUUGAAGAACGUCCAAUGAUUGUAGAGGAGGCCAUGGUCCAGCGUAGCGCCCCAGUCCAGGAACAGAUGACCCUACCCCCUGCCCCCAUCCAGGAACAGAUGACCCUUCCCCCUGACCUCCCUCCUUCGGGUCAUGGGGUCAUGGAAGAAGAAGUCACAAUGCUCAAACAGAAGUUGGAGAGUGUUGAACAAGAGAGGGCGAUGCUCGUUAAAGAAUGUGCACAAACAGAGGUAGCAUCUUUACGUUAUGAGAGAGAGCAGAGGGUCUUUGCAGAGGAUGCGUUAAAUAGCACCCAGGAUCGUCUACGAGAACAGAAGAGAACAUCCCACCAUCAUCAUCCCUCGUCAUCCUCAUCAUCGAUCAGGAAGGAAUACAGCCUGUAUAUUGAUUCUGAUGACGAGGACACUCAGCUGAUGGUCAAGGCAUACAAAGCUGGACAUCAUCUGACUCGUCAUGGUAACACAGUGGCCAAUAAGCUGAGGAGGUGUUUCAAAGGCAGAGGAAGCUUCAUGCGUGCAGUGCCUAGUGGUAUUCAGCCAAGGUCUCUCAUGGUGUUAUAUGCUGCAGCUAUCCAUAUCUUCCUCUUCUAUGUCCUAGCGUUCCAUUGCUAACCCUGGCACUUCAAACGUAUUGCCUCUCGUCACCCAGGUGUGUAAAGUAAAUGAGAACAGCUAAUCCAGGCACUUCAACCGUGUUGCCUCUUGUUACCCAGUGUAAAGUGAAUGAUAGAGGACAUUCUUAGCUAAUUCAUGUUGCGUUGUGCAUUGCUGCAGAGAUUAAUAUCUUCCUCUUCUAUCUACUAGCGUUUCAUUACUAAACCAGGCACUUCAAAGUCAUUGCCUCCCCUUAUCCAGGAGUGCAAAUAAGUAUGAGGUGUAGAGGUGUUGUGGUUGAGUAGAUACGUCACCAGACUGUCGAUCACAAGGUCCACGGUUUGAGUCCCGUCGCGGUACUAAAUGUCCUUUGGCAAGACAUUUAUCUACAUUUGCCACACUCAACCCAAGUGAGGUAAAUGGGUACCUGGUAGGAUUAUUCCUUGAAAUGCACUGUGCACUG